GCUGCAGCAUGGGUGGAUAGGGUAGAACAACCGGUGCGAUCUGCUUGGGCUUGUGCGAAGCGUUCGGCACUCUUCUGCAUGACAUCUUGCACCCUCAGCAAGUGAUCCCGAGCUGUGUGGUGCUGUUACAUGGUGGAGCGACGGGAUGGGGACUAAAGCAUCUCCUCUAUGGGAGAAGAGAAGGUUGUGUGGACGUCUCAGAGCAGCCUUCCAAUAUCUGGAGUGGCCUGCAAGGAGGAACAAGGGGGAAUGGCAUCAGACUAAAAGAGAUGAAAUUUAGUUUAGAUGUUAGGUGCUGCUGCUGCUGCGAGACGGCGAGGGACGAGCAUGGGACCCGCAGACCUGGUGCAGAAGAUCAGUAUCAGCGCCGAGAGCCCCCGCGGGAGCGAGAGGAACGGCGGCGGCUCGGCGCUGGCGGGCGCUGACGGGGCCGCCCCCGGCGGCUGGAGACACAAGUGCGCGGCCUAUGUGCUGGCGCUCCGGCCCUGGAGCUUCAGUGCCUCGCUGACGCCUGUGGCGCUGGGCAGCGCGCUGGCGUACCGCGCCCAGGGAGCGCUGGACCCGGGGCUGCUGGUGGGCAGCGCCGUGACCGUCCUGGCCGUGCACGGGGCCGGCAACUUGGUGAACACCUACUAUGACUUCUCCAAAGGCAUCGAUCACAAGAAGAGUGAUGACAGGACGUUGGUGGACCAGAUUUUGGAGCCGCAGGAUGUGGUCCGGUUUGGAGUCUUUCUCUACACCGUGGGCUGUCUCUGCGCUGCCGGGCUCUAUGCUGUCUCCACGCUCAAGCUGGAGCACCUGGCCUUGAUUUACUUUGGAGGACUUUCCAGCUCCUUCCUUUACACCGGAGGAAUCGGAUUCAAAUACGUCGCGCUCGGGGACGUGGUGAUCCUGAUCACCUUUGGGCCCCUGGCUGUGAUGUUUGCCCACGCAGUGCAGGUCGGGUACCUGUCCGUGUCCCCCCUGCUCUACGCUGUCCCCCUGGCCCUCAGCACCGAGGCCAUCCUGCACAGCAACAACACGCGGGACAUGGAGUCGGACCGGCAGGCGGGGAUCGUCACCCUGGCCAUCCUCAUCGGCCCCACGCUCUCCUACAUCCUCUACACCGUGCUGCUCUUCCUGCCCUACCUGAUCUUCUGUGUGCUGGCCACACGUUACACCAUCAGCAUGGCGCUGCCACUGCUCACCAUCCCCAUGGCCUUCUCACUGGAGAGGCAAUUCCGGAGCCAGAGCUUCAGCAAAAUCCCUCAGCGGACAGCCAAACUCAAUCUGCUGCUGGGGCUCUUCUAUGUGUUUGGCAUUACGUUGGCACCAGCUGGUGCUCUGCCCAAACUGUGAAAAGAGCUGUAGGGUCAGGCCUCAAAUGCACUGUUCAUGUCAAUAAACAGUGGAAGUUAGGAGUAAAUGACCUAUUUAUGGACAGUGGAUGUUAGGAGUAAAUGACCCACUAUGGACAGUGGAAGUUAUGAGUAAAUGACCCACUAUGGACAGUGGAUGUUAGGAGUAAAUGACCACCAUGGACAGUGGAUGUUAGGAGUAAAUGACCCAUUUAUGGACAGUGGAAGUUAUGAGUAAAUGACCCACUAUGGACAGUGGAUGUUAUGAGUUAAUGACCCAUUUAUGAACAGUGAGAAGAAUGGAAAGACCACCUUGCACUGUUGAUAGUGAAUGUUAUGAUUUCUGGUCUUGGAUAGAUUAUACAACAGACUUCAAAAAAGGGAAUUGUCAGUUCUUCAGAAGGGGAGAACUGUGUGGCUUUGCUUUGAGGGGCAAGGUGACAUAAGGUGAAGGAAAUGUUUAAAGAACCUCAUCCUCCUGCCACCUAAUUUUUUUCACAGUUCAGUGAAAGAUAGAGCCUCAAAUCACACUCUCUGUUCACUUCACAAGCACAAAGAUUGCUCUUAUCACUUCUUUUCUUACAGUGGUGAAAGAGUCCAGUGGCUCCCAUAUGGGAAUCACAAAACACUGCCAAUUGUUUAGCAUCACAACCUAGGUGCCAUUAAUUCACUCCCCUGUAAGUGUAUUUCAUCUGUUGUAUGUUUUAAUUUUUGUUUUGCUUUUCCUAGCCAAUUUUCAAGCUUUUAUUUCCAAGCUCCCUGAAAUGCACUAGAUACUGAUUCAUGAAAUAUUGCUUCUGCUUGUCCCAUAUAGUCUAGAAAUAUCAAAGUUAUAAAUCUCUGGGUUGUGGUGCUAAAAUGGAGCAUAAAUAACCCACUGCACAAACUUUAGGCCAGAACCAGUAAAUCUGUAUUCUGCUACAAAAGCUGAAGCUGUAAAUGCAAACCAUGCAACUGGAAAACCCUCAAUGGGUAGAAAAACAAAUGGUUUCCAUUUUUGUAUUUGCUUAGAAUUUACUCUCUGAAAUGACAGGUUUUGAGGUAAGGGGGAACUGGCAGAGUGCCAGAUUUCUCUGAAUAGCUAUGGAUUAAUGGAUACAUUAAUUCUUGAAUUAAAAAAGCAGUUUUUUCAUUGGUUUUUCUCUAUUUAUUUAGAGUAUUAUUCACAGUGUUAUAGUGAAAUGUCUUAUUAUAAGAAGCCCAGAUCACCAAAGAAGAAAGAUAGUGUUAGAAAAAACAAAUCUGGAUUAUUGCAUUGGCUCUGCAUAAAAAUCAGGACUGCAAACAGAAGAAACCAAUUUCGUUAACAAGAUUUUUCCUAAUGGAGUCCAGAUUUUGUGUCACUGAGUCACAGUAAAGUGAUGUCUCAAGGGAAGUUCCCCACCUCUUUUCCCCACUCUGUACCCUCCAGUGUUGCUUUGUUUCCUCCUGCACAUCUUCCCACUUGCUGUUCAUGUGGCCCUUUGGAGAGCUGAUUGUUUCAGCAGUUAUGUAGCUGUAUCCAAAACAUGCCAAACAUGAUGGGGAGAACAUGUGCCUUCCAGUGCAAAGAUGGAUUUGAUCCAUAACAUAUUACCUAGUGGCAACUGAAUUCUCUUCUGUGUUACGUAGUCCUGCAGUUUUCAUGAAAAGCUUGUUUGAGGAGCUGUGGAAAGCUCAGAGGAAUUGACACAGAUGUUGAAUUAGAGCUCCUGGUGCCAGGUCACAGCCUUGCUUUUGAACAAGUGUGUGUUUGUGAGCCACUGUAUGAAGGGAUUUUACCAGCAAUAAACCAGCAAUAAACUCACGUGGUGUCACCCUGCAUCUGUCAUAGGUAAGUGGUGUAAAUCUGAAAGAGCCAAAUGUCCCUUUAGUGGGUUGUACUGACAGGAUUACAUGGUACAGCUAUUUAGAGACUGGUUUACAGCUUCAUCUUAUCCAGUGUUACCCAGCAGUUACAUCUGAGCUGAAGUUAAUGGGAAGGAGUCUUAGCAGGCCUAUUUAAUGAGCCACAGUUUCAUCCUUUAUUUAUUGUAAUGGGCAAAUGAUCUCUGUUCUGGCUAGGCACAGGAUGAGAAAAGAUGGACUUCAGCAACUGCUUUCUACAGAAAAAUACUUGUUAGGAUUAAAAACACAAGGAGAAAAUGCAAAAGUUCAGCUCAGAUGGGUGGAGGGAGAUAUUCAGAAGAUUUUGGAAACUGUUUUCAAUGCAGAUAUACACAGAAUUUCUACUGUUGCUUCUCUGAGGACAGAAUGGAGAAGAACCUGGCUCCAAUACCCAUUUCACAUUUCUGCAAACCAAAAGCUUUUGUAGGGAUAAGUAAGGGCUGAGCUGACAACUCUGUUAAUCUUGCAAUAGGGGAUAUGCAGGUUUAUUGGGUUAAUCCUGCCUUUGUAGCAGCUGUGUGCUUCAUUUUAGGAGAGCUUGGUUUUGAAUAGCUUUUCAUUUCAAAGAAUGGUUAGUUAUCUUUUCUCUACUUCUUUUACAAAAACUGGAGUACUCCAGCUAAAUUCCUUAAAGUGACUUGACUUGUAUCUUUGACAAAUGUAAUUGUAAUAAUGGGAAGAUCAUUGGGGCCCUGGAGUGUGUAACUCUUACUGUACCUUGACUACCCUUCCCUGGGUAGGAUGUCUACUUAGGGCUGGAAAGGACCAGUGCUUUUUCUUACUAAGAUGAAACAGCUCAUUAGUACAAAAAUAGAUGUGUGGAACUCUUUCCAAGGUAGGGGAGAUUCAAAGUAUUUUAUUAGUAAAACUGAGAUGAAAAUUUGGUAAUUCCUUACUAGAAGAUGCUGGUUGCCUCCAAUUCCCUCUCUGUGAAAAACAAUAUCAUUCCAGGUGCUUAAGGAUAUUAGUAAUAGCUAAUAUAUUCUUCACCAUGGUUUUGAGGAAGUCAUUUAACUUCUCUGUGUCUCAGAAAACAGUUAAUUUUUGCCUACCUUACAGGGACGCUGAGCUGACAUCAUGGUCAUAAAGAGCUUUGAAAGUAAAAAGUGCUUUAUCUCUGUGUGCUUUCCAAAAAGCUUGUUAGUACUAGAAAACAUUUUAGAUACAAACUAACACAAAGGCUGACUUAACCAACGUAAUUAGGCCAAAAGAAUCUUCACACAUAAUCAAUGAGUAGUGUGAGAGGUUCAUUUAUUGGUUUGCUUUGUGAUAAAGAUGCUGGCUCUCUUCCCUACCCCACUUUUCCCUGUCCCAUGCUACUUUCCUUGAAUAUAAACUUCAGAGACUUCUUUCAGGUCACCCUUGAUGAGCUGUAUUGCGGUGUGAAGAGUGUGCACUGGUAGAUGAACAGAUCUGUUAAUGUGUCCUAAAGCACCUCCUGGCCUUUCUUCGUACCCAAUAAACUGUCUGAAUGUUACUCA